AUACAUAGACAUUAAGACAUUUAUUAUAAAUAAAGAAUUUUUAUAUAAGUUUCUGUUAUAAGAUAAUAAAAUUGUGAUUAUUAAGUGAAAUGCUGACAAUAAGUAAAAAUAUUUCAAAAUUACACAAAAAUAUUAAUUACACGCAAAUAUUUGGAAACGGUGCACUACAAAAUUAUUUUGAUAAAAAAUUUGCACAUAAUUUACAAGAAUAUACAGAUAAGGAUUUUGAAAACAUUUAUUUACAGACUAAAGAAAAAUUUAAAACUAAAAAAUUGCCAAAGGAUGUUAACGAAGUGGGAGUAUUUGCAUGUAAUGAGCUCGCAUUAAAAGAGGUUACUGUUUUUGGCUUUGACUAUGAUUACACUUUGGCAUUUUAUAAGCCGAGUUUGGACAAACUCCUUUACAAUUUAGGAAGAGAUAAAAUUGUAGAUUAUUUUAAGUAUCCGGAAGCAAUAAAAAAACUGGAGUAUAUUCCUGGUUUUGCGGUUCGAGGUUUACAUUACGAUAUAGAAAAAGGGUUGCUGCUAAAACUGGAUUCAUUUUUACAAAUUCAAUUGGAAUCUGUUUAUCGGGGCUUAACUCCAGUUCCUCCAGAGGAAAUUUUAUCCUUAUAUAAAAAUCGUAUGCUUCCUGUAUCAUAUGUGGAAGGAGAUUUAAAGUCCAAUGAUCCUAAAGCCAAAACGGCCAAUAUGAUUCAAUUGGCUGACCUGUUUUCUGUGCCUGAAAUGGGUUUGUUAUGUAACAUAACGGAAUACUUCGUUAAAAAUGGAAUUGAUUACCAUCCGGCAAGUAAGAAUCUACAAAUUAGUCACAUGUGUGUACAUACAUUUAGUAUAUUCUCUAUUCUAGUUUUGUUCAAUGAUGUCAAACAUUCAGUACAAAGUAGUCAUCCAAUUAUGCAUCAAACAGUUUACAGUGACCCAGAUAAGUAUAUUCAGUAUAAUCCAGAUUUACGAAAAUUUUUUCAAAGGCUGCAAGAAACUGGAAGAAAGUUGUUUUUAGUAACAAAUAGUCCAUAUUUUUUUGUAGAUAAAGGUAUGACUUUCUUGGUCGGAGAAAAUUGGAGAAACUUUUUUGAUGUUGUAAUUGUGCAAGCAAGAAAACCACGUUUUUUUACAAACGUUACUACGCCUUUACGUGAAUUCAACGAGGAAACAAACAGUUAUCUGUGGGAUCGUGUGACGAAACUGGAAAAAGGAAAAAUUUAUUACGAAGGAACUGUUAAGCAGCUUCAAGAUUUAACUGGUUGGAGGGGCCAUUCAGUUUUAUAUUUUGGUGAUCAUCCUUAUUCUGAUCUGGCCGAUGUAACACUACAACACGGUUGGCGUACUGGAGCAAUCAUUCAUGAAUUAACUCAUGAAAUAAAAACCUUAAACGAUGAAAAUUUUAAAUCAAAUGUUAAUUGGCUACAGAUGCUAACAUUGCUUAUUGAAGAUUAUCAGGAUAUUGAAUCAGAAGCUUCAGUGGCUGCACUAAAAAAAUGGAAAAAAGAAUGUGAUAUAUUAAGGGUUACCAAUAAAAAAGUUUUCAAUGAGCAGUUUGGAAGUGUAUUUAGAACAUAUCACAAUCCGUCGUAUUUUUCAAGACGUUUAUUUAGAUUUGCUGACAUAUAUACGAGUAGUAUUACAAACUUAUUGAAUUAUGGUACAAAUCAUACCUUUUAUCCACGACGUGGAGUCAUGCCACAUGAAUACACGUCAUAUUUCAUGUAAAAGGGUAUGAGUUGCUAUAAAUAUCAAUAUUCAAAUCAACAGUACUGUUAUGCGGAAUGUAUUAUAUAAAGCUUGAGUUUUUGUUUUUGAUAUUUUCAAAUUGUUAUUAUUAUACAGACAUAUAGAUUACAUAUAUCAUAAAUUAUAAAUUGUAUAAUACAUUCAAAUAAUCAAGUACAUUAGGUUUUUGUAAAACUAAAAGUGAAUAAAUAAGUACUAUACAGCCAUAUGCUUUGGGUACACCUUUCUAGCCAAUAUUCUAAAGAUUUGAUGUGUUCUAGUCUAAAAGAAUCUGCUCAUCUCGUGACGAUGUAAAACUAAAAUUUUUGCUAUUGAUCAAAAUUGUUAAAUGUUAAUUUUUUAUUUGUUUUAUUCAUUAAGUUUUAAAAGCUUUGUUUUAUAUUAAAAUUUAGUAAUAGAUAACAUAAUUUUGUUAAACGAUAUAAAUUUAGUCGAAUUUGUUUUAUAAUUUCUUGAAUAUUGGACAUGACAUUUUAUGUAUUAACUUAUAUAAGUUUUUAAAGUCUAAGUUUCAUAUAAAUAAAUAGAUAAAC